UUUUUUUUUUUUUCGCGUCUUCUAACUGAGAGCCGGCAUCUCUUCCACACACGCUGUCCACGCGCCGCAGCCCGCCUUUUGAUUGGUCUUCUGGAUUGUAAACACGGCGAGACAGCCAAUAGGAGCGCUGUUCACGAGGGCAGCACGAGGGUACACGAGCCGGCCGCAUGGAGCAGUUUGAGAUCAACAACUCCAGGGAGGGGGAAGAAAGGAUCAUCCUAUUCCAAAACCAAAGAGGUUGAACGCAACCAAAUUUGCUUCCUUCUCGAGAAGGGUCCGAACCUCUAGUCACCAUGGUGAUGUUUAAGAAAAUCAAGACCUUCACCCUCGCCUUCAACGAGCCCGAGAAGGUCCACACCAGCGGGGAGAAGGUGGCCGGCCGGGUGACCGUGGAAGUGGCCGAAGUCACCCGAGUUACCUCGGUCAAAAUCCUGGCUUGCGGGGUGGCCAAGGUCCUGUGGAUCAAGGGCCCCCAGCAAUGCAAGCAAGAGAUGGAGUAUCUUCGUUACGAAGACGUCCUCACGAUGGACGACCAUCCCGUUGAUACAGAUGGCUCUGUGAUUCUGAGGCCAGGGAACAUCUACGAAUACAAGUUUGGAUUUGAGCUGCCACAAGGACCUCUUGGUACUACCUUCAAGGGGAAGUAUGGCUGUGUUGAUUACUGGGUGAAGGUUUUCCUGGAUCGCCCAUCUUUCCCAACUCAAGAGAUAAAGCAACGCUUUGAAGUUAUGGAUCAGAUUGACGUCAACACUCCAGACUUGAUGUCACCUGUCUCUGCCAAGAAGGAAAAGAGAGUUUCCUGCAUGUUCAUUCCUGAUGGUCACGUAUCUGUUAGUGCCAGGAUUGACCGCAAAGGAUUUUGUGAUGGUGACGACAUCUGCAUAAAUGCGGACUUUGAGAACACUUGCUCCCGAAUUGUGGUGCCUAAGGCAGCCAUCAUUUCGAAGCACACCUACUUGGCUAACGGGCAAACCAAGGUCUUCACCCAGAAACUGUCCUGUGUCCGAGGCAACCACAUCGUCUCCGGCAUGUCUGAAACUUGGCGUGGCAAGACCCUCCGAGUCAGGAAAAUCAAACCCUCAAUCCUGGGCUGCAACAUCUUGCGCGUGGAGUACUUCCUACAGAUUUAUGUCAGUGUUCCAGGGUCCAAGAAGGUUAUCCUAGAGUUGCCCCUCGUCAUUGGCAGCAAGUCUUCUGGCAUUGGCAGCCGUAGCUCCAGCAUGGCCAGCCAGGCUAGUUCAGAGAUGAGCUGGGUGGACCUCAACAUCCCUGAUACCCCAGAAGCACCUCCCUGCUAUCUGGACAUUGUCCCUGAAGAUCACCGCUUGGAGAGUCCUACCACCCCUCUCAUAGAUGAGCUGGACAACUCUUUUGACAGUCCCAUCUUCAUGUAUGCGCCGGAGUUCAAGUUCAUGCCCCCACCAACCUACACGGAGGUGGAUCCUUGCAUUGCCAACAACAACAUUCAAUGAGCACCAGCUAAAAGAAACAACUUUUGCAGUUGUCUUCAACUUCUCCUGGACUCAUUUAAAUAUUGCACUCACAGAUUGCACCAGGCAGAAAAUUCCUGAUUUUUUUUAAAAAGGGAAGAUUUCACGGUGGCAGGACACGCCAGGAAACAAAACAGCUGUGUCAGCAAGGAGUAGAAUUACAAAGCUGUUUUCCUUUUUAAUGCCUUUUGUCCAAAGUGACUUGGCGUAGGCUAAGAGAAGCCUUUAGUGUCAGUGCUUGGGUUUUCUCUACUUGCUCCCCCCAAAAGACUUUAAAGAACUCUCCCCCUUCAAGCUAUCAGGUGCUGAAAUAAAACUGUUAAAAAUAAAAAACUUGGGGUAGGAGCAGAAAGGGGAAUUCCUAGAAAUGGAGAGCAUGUGGUGUUUUCCUGUAGAAGAGAGGAAAAUCAACAGAUUAAUGGCUGUGGGAGAUAAGAGACUGAACAACAGAUGGGUGUAUCGAUGACUUUUUGUAUCAGUGAUCAAAAGUGUUUUGAACCUUAUGAUCUAGCUACAGAUGUGGGGGGGGUUAUGUCUGACAAUUUCAAUACUAAAACAAGCUUUUAAAAGGUAUGUGUUGCUUUCAGAACAAAUUUUUUUUUUCUUUAAAAACUUAACACUUUAACCUCGGGGAGUUUUUAUGUGUGGGAGACAAGCUGUUAGGCUGUUUUGUAGGUGUCAGAUGCUGGAUUGUCAUGUUGCUAGAUGAAGGGAAGAGGUGAAAAUAGAAGAAUUUAGCAAGUAGUAGAAAGUGUUGCUCUUUUAUACCACCAACCCAUACUCCAGGUGGAUGACAGAACAGGCCCAAGACAUUGGGCGGAGGGGGGGGGGAGCUCCUAUUUCUCAGAAUGCAAUGUCUGUAUUUUUUACUGUUCUUUUGUUAUGUUCUUUUGUCAUUUAACAAGCAUCGUGUAUGCUGCAUAUUAGUGUAGCUUUUCAAAAGUGGCCAGUUAUGGAAGUCUCACAGCUGACCAUUGACGUAGCACUUAAUAUUUCCUGUAUUUAUGUUUUAACUUGACGUUGAUAUCUCCUAAGUAUAAACAAGCCAACUUUUUUUGGUAAAGGGAGGAAAAAUCACUAUACUUUUCUUAUUUUGUAUCUCUGUAUUGUAUUAUGUGGAUAAACCAGUGUCGCUACCCUGGGGGGUUGGCAACAGAUCAGCAGCAGCCUCUCACAGUGCAGGGAUAGAAUUUGAGGCCUUGAAGGAGGGCAUCUUCCUUGUGUCUUCCUGUUGCAGUGAGAACUCUCAGGCAUUCCCUUGCUGCCUUGGUGUCAAAAAGCCCAGCAAUAUCUAAAUGCACUAGACCAAAGACCAAUGGUGCCAAAACAGUCUUACUUCCAUGCACAGCUGUCAAUGAGUAAAAACCGUACACCUCAUAGCCAUAGCUGAAGGCUGACUUAAAUCACACUGCAAAUUAUUUUGCUUCUGGGCUGCUCUUAUGUCUACUCUCCACCCAUGCCUGGUUUAUCCCCAACUGACUGAGUAAAAUGCACUUUUUUAAAAAAUGUAUUUGUUAAUGGCACUGUAUAUUCAAAGUGUUAACUGAUCUCCCAGGCUUUGUCAGUACAGAGCUGUGUUGGUUAAAAAAAAUGCUGUCUAAGUGAUGGUCAGACACAAAUUUAAAAGUGUACUGACUGGUCUUUUUCUACUGUGGAUUUAUUUUCUGUGUAUUUUGCUUUUUGUAUGGGUUUGAAAUUUUUAAUUAUAUUUUGUACUGUUAUUCUAUAGAAAGCCCCUUUUGGGGGUACCAUUUUUAAUAAAGUUUUUUUCCAAAAAUUUAAAAA